UGGUCAGAUUUUUUUCACCCACGCUUAAGACCAUUAAAGCGUGCAUGGAGCAAAAUAUUGGUUGAAAUGAACUUUUCAGACGCAAAAAACGAAAUCCUUAAUUUACUCUCAAGAGUAAAUUCCAAGGACCUACCGAGUUUGAUUGACUGGAUGAAAAACUCUGAUGAAGUGGAUGAUGGAUUAGUUGACAAUCAAAAGGUGAUUCUUAAAAGUAUUUCAGAAGAUAUUAGGACAUGUCUUCCUCUGGAAGCUGUGCUCUCCUCAGAGUCCUUGGCAAUUCAGAAGACUCAACAGAAACCCCAGCCCACAAUUCAUGUUGAUGCUUUCCUGUAUGAUGAGGAAACAGUGGAUGCACUCUGUGAGGAAGGCAAGAUGAGCCGUAACUACUGCCUGAACUGUGGUUCACACAGAACAGCUCCUUUGGAGUUCAUCUCUCAUUCCUUCUCUGUGUUGGAGCUCAAGUUCCUGUUUCAGCAUGUCCUACCAGAUCUGACUGGAUGUCUGGUGGUGGAUGUGGGUUCCAGACUUGGGGCAGUACUUUAUGGGGGGUAUUUGUACAGCUCUGCAGCCCGCCUUGUAGGGGUAGAAAUCAGUGCUGAGUUUGUCAGGCUUCAGAAUAUGGCUGUGGAGAAAUAUGGCUUCAGCGACCGAAUACAGGUUAUCCAUGGAGAUAUCAGUACUCAGGAUUCCCUGAUACAGAAUGCAGAUGUUCUCAUCAUGAACAAUGUGUUUGAGUAUUUUCUACAGCCCACUGACCAAAUUAAAGCCUGGCAUUUUAUUGUUCAAAAUUUCCGCAAGAAAGGUGCUCUAUUAGUAACAGUUCCAAGCAUCCAAGAAGCUCUUUCUUUGCUUCAGGGAGCAUUCAACCUCAGCCAGUGGGUAGAGGAGGUUCCUCUAGAUUACAGUGUCUACUUAGGGAAGGACAGUGACGCAGACGCACUCAAAGAAAUACACCUUUAUAGAGUACUGUGACCCUGAUUUGAGUGAAGACCAAUCACAACUCCUGCUUAGACUUUCUGUGCCUUUUAAUUUGACUGUGCUAAUGCAUAUGGAUUCCCUCAUAAGAUUGGGCAUUACCACAAGAUAUAAAAAUCUGUGCAGUGACCUGCGACAUUAAAUCUUCCAAUAUUACUCAAAUAAUGUUUUGUCGUUUUCAGCCUUUUGUGAAAUGUGUGAAAUUCUUUAGUAAAAAAAGGGGUAAACUAA